AUAAAAUAUUGGAAUUCUUCCCGAUCAAUUUACAAGAUCCGCCCACUUUGGGAAUUGAAUUGUGAAUGGAAAUCUGUGCUAAAAAUGUAACAAAACAUGUGAAGGAAUACAAGGACUAGAUGUGUGUCCUGUAUGUUCUCUAGUUAUCUGAUUAAUCCCGGUAAAAAAUCGAUGUUUUGAAUCCUCCACAUUGGUGACCACAGCCGCGAGAGAAACCCAGUCACCUCAGUGCUCGAUCGAUCCAACCACACGGAAAAAGGAUUCCAUCUUCUGUCGACAUUCUCAUAUUUCUCACGCAUCUACAGGAGCAUGUCAACAGAGGAAAAGAAAGAGACCCCAGAGGCAGCGGCCCCGGCCCCCAAAGAGGUCAAAUGCAUCGUGCUGACAGGCUUUGGGGGGCCUAAGAUGGUUCGCUGUCAGAAGAAGCCCCAGACCAGUGCCAUGGAGGGGGAGGUUUUGAUCCGUGUCAAAGCCUGUGGAAUGAGUUUCCAAGAUUUAAUGGUGAGGCAAGGAGUCCUUGAACACGGUCCAAAAACACCGAUAGUGAUGGGAUUUGAAUGCGCUGGCGAAGUCGAGGCACUUGGAGAGAACUCCUCGGGAUUCAACGUCGGUGACCGGGUGAUUGGUUUCUGUGAUUACAAGGCGUGGUCGGAGGUAGUGGCUGUUCCCUCCCAGUACGUUUAUAAGAUGCCGGAGAACAUGAGUUAUCAGGACGGGGCUGCCCUCCCCAUGAGCUAUCUGACCGCCUACAUACUGCUGUUUGACAUCGCCAAUUUACGUCGAGGACAAUCUGUGUUUACCCAUUCUGUCGGAGGGGGCGUGGGAAUCGCAGUGACCCAACUUUGUCACAUGAUGGAGGACGUCAAACUAUUUGGGACCGCUUCCUACCAGAAGCACGAAUCGGUGAAGGCCAAUGUGGACCAUUUGUUUGAUCACGUGGUAGACUACCCACAAGAAGUCAGAAAACUGUCACCAGAAGGAGUGGACAUAUUCCUUGACUGUUUGUGUGGAGAAGAUGCCAAUAAAGGGAUUUCCUUGCUGAAGCCCAUGGGAAAAUACAUUUUAUACGGUUCAUCUAACAUUGUGACAGGGGAGACUAAAAGCUUUUUCAGCUUUGCAAAAUCCUGGUGGCAGGUUGAUAAGAUAAGCCCCAUCAAACUGUAUGACGAGAAUAAAACCAUCGCUGGAUUCCAGCUCAGGCACCUACUACAUAAACAAGGCCAGCAUCAGUAUGUCAAAGAAAUCAUGAACAAGCUUAUCAAACUAUACUCUGACGGCAAGAUCAGACCUGUCAUUGAUUCAGCUUGGGCAUUUGAGGACGUUGGGGAGGCCAUGCAGAAAAUGCAGGAUAGGAAAAACAUAGGAAAAAUUAUCCUGGAUCCCACCCUAGAACCCAAACCCAAACCAGUGUCCUCCGCUAGGACCCAUACCACUAGCCAGUGUAGUGAAGAUAAAGAAAACACAGAGGACCAACAGUGAACGAGCUUCCAGAUAAACAAGGUUGUAGUCUAAGAGAGUCUCGGACCUUAUAAUCUGUGGACAUGUAGUUGUUCUGUCAUUUAAAUAUUGAGUCCAUUCUUAUAGGGACACCAAUACCACUGACUAGUGAAAAAGAAGUUAUUUAAAGUCACCGCUAUUAAAAUAGAUUAACAUAUUUUACCUAAUAUUCAUUUUAGUUUUGAGAUCUGUAGUUGUGUAUUAUUGUGUGGUUAUAAUGAGCUGCUUAAUAACUACCAUGUGUUCAUUGUUGCAGGACUCUGUGAAGUAGAAACGGUGCAUCUGUUAACGUUAGAAAUUUCCCAUAUCAUUGUUUGCGUUUGCGUAAGGACUAUUUAUAAAUGGCUUAUAUAUCUGUGUUCCUCCUGUUGUUAUAUAUGAUGUUAUCAUUGUGUAGAUGAAGAGUCUUUAUUUUGCUGCCAAAUAAACUAUUUUCCCGCCA